UUCACCCCUCCGAGCGUUCUCAAGAUUUCCACUUAUAUUCAAGAUCCAUAAGUAGUACGAGACGUCAUGGCCAUUGAACAAUUGAUCAAGCAAGGCGACCAAGCAUCUGAAAAGAAAGAUUUUCUUACUGCCAUUUCCAAGUUUUCUGAAGCUCUUAAAGAAAACCCACAAGCGUUCACUGCACUUAUCAAGCGAGCGCAAGUCUACACGAAGCUUAGCGAUUAUGACUCUGCAAAAGCGGACAUAAGCAAGGCGUUUACUGCUGCAGAACAAAGAGGUAAAAUGAGCGACAAGGCCACGUGCUAUUUUCGCUUGGGGCUUGUCUGCUAUGCCAAAAAAGAUUUUGAAGCAUCGCUAUUGAAUCUUAGAAAAGCAAGAGAUUUCAAAUGUACUGAGGCGGCGUUAGAUAUCUGGAUCGCCAAGGCAGAGCGUGAUGCCAAGAAGUCAGCAGGCAGCAAAAACGAGGGCGAUCUCACAUCAGAAAAAGAAAAACACAAGAAGAUUUCCAAUCCAGAGAAAGACGAGCGUGUCCCCACGCAGAAUGCCGCAUCAUCGUCCAUUGACACCAUCAAUAAACAAGCUCCCAUCAAAGCUAAAAUCAGAGACGAGUGGUACCAGAGCAAGGACUCCGUGACCAUCACCAUAUUCGCCAAAGACGUGCCCAAAGAUUCCGUGCAAGUUGAGUUUGGCACGCGUUCUUUGGCGGUGGCGUUCCCCACCUCAGAGGCUUCUGAAUACAGCUACACGCUUGAUAGUCUCUAUAGUGAGAUUGUUCCUGAGCGCAGUAGUUAUGUGGUGGGCUCGAAAAAGAUGGAGAUCAGUCUUCGAAAAAAAAACGAGGGUAAAUGGGCUGCCUUAGAAGGUGACGGACCAAUCUCAAUUGUGCCACCAAGUGCGAGUGGGCCCAAAACUGGUGGUCUUUCGUACCCUACAUCUUCUCGCAAAAAAGUGGACUGGUCAAAUUUUGAUGUGAAGGAGGAGGAUGACGAAUCGGGUGAUUUCUUUGCCAAACUCUACAAAGACGUGGAUGAAGACACGAAGCGUGCAAUGAUGAAGUCAUACGUUGAAUCAAAUGGAACAGUGCUAACUACGAAUUGGGCUGAGGCAAAAGAAAAAACAUUCGAGACAAGUCCACCCGAUGGCAUGGAAGCCAAGAAAUGGGGGACAUGAGUGAUGAAGUAGUGGAUAUUUGUCCCGCUAAUUCGGAACAUAUGAACAUCAGGUUCAGGCGGUAUUAAGUUAUCAGUGUAGUUUAAACACAAAUGACACGUGCCAUCUGUGGGGCUCUUAGACUCGAAGCCCUCCCACUUGUCGCCUGCAAGCUUUGUUGGUGGUGUAUCUUUAUGGGAACUCGAAGUCUAUUUCUCUUCCAACUAUUCGAACUCGACACAUUUAUGAGCAUUCUUGUGAUACCCUGGAGAUAAUAUUUGAAACUAAAUCCACUGAUUUAAAGUCCGGUUCAUUCUUAUUGUGAUUUCCAUUUCAUUCUUUUUGUGAUUUCCAUCGCAUUAAUUCCGGGGAAUUUCGUGAUCCACAUCAACAGCACUAUUUUGUAGCAAU